AUGGAGAGCUGCCAUGUUUUAUUGGCUGUCUCUCCUCUCCUAAAACCUUCCAUCCUUACAGUUAAAGCAAAUUCUCAAUCCUUCAACAGUGGCGCCGCCCUGAGAUGCCAUUCUUUUCUAGAUUUGAAGUCUUCUCGUCAAUCUGACCACAAAUUCCAGAGGAAAUUUUUACCCUUUCAUGGAAGAUGUAAUAAUAAUACUGGUUCUUCAGGCAUAAGGGAUUUCAGGGUAAGAGCAACCGCGGUUCCUGACAAUAAUGCCGGAAACUCGGCAAAGACAGCUGAGAUUUUGAACACUUUGCAGCUUGGAUCCAUGUUUGUUGUGUGGUAUUUGUUGAAUAUAUACUUCAACAUUUACAAUAAACAGGUUUUGAAAGUUUUUCCAUAUCCAGCAACAGUCUCAGCCUUCCAAUUUGGCUGUGGAACCGUGCUUAUACUUCUAAUGUGGUCAUUUAAUCUCCACCCAAAGCCAAAGAUUACUAAAUCUCAGUUUACAUCUAUCUCGCUGCUGGCUUUGGGGCACACAGUGGGAAACCUUCUCACAAAUAUAAGUCUGGGAAAAGUGGCCGUUUCCUUCACUCAUACCAUCAAAGCUAUGGAGCCUUUCUUUACUGUAGUUCUUGCUGUUCUGUUCCUCCGGGAGAGGCCGUCUUUUUGGGUGGUAGCUUCGUUGGUGCCUAUUGUUGGAGGAGUGGCAUUGGCAUCAUUUACUGAAGCUUCUUUUAAUUGGAUAGGUUUUGGAAGUGCAAUGGCUUCAAACCUAACCAAUCAAUCACGAAAUGUUUACAGCAAAGUGAUCAUGUCUAAGGAAGAGGAAACUUUGGAUAACAUCAAUCUGUUCUCCGUUAUGACCAUCUUUUCGUUUAUCCUUCUGGUGCCCAUUGCUGUGUUGAUUGAUGGGAUCAAGCUUAGCCCUUCUUAUCUUCAAUACGCCGCAAGCCAGGGAUUGAAUAUUAGAGAAUUUUGGGUGAGAUCUCUUCUAGCUGGUUUCUGUUUCCAUACUUACCAACAGGUUUCAUACUCGAUACUUCAAAAGGUCUCCCCAGUAACUCAUUCAGUAGGCAACAGCUUCAAGAGAGUGGUAGUCAUUGUGUCGUCAGUAAUCUUCUUCCAGACACCCGUUUCGCCAGUUAAUGCCCUUGGAACUGGUAUCGCUCUUGCCGGAGUUUUCCUAUACUCACAAGCAAAGCGGAUGAAACGAAAGACAAAGGAUGCGUGA